AUGUCGGCCAAUUUGCAAACAAAACUAGAUAACUCGCUUAAUGACAUAUUAAAGACAGCUGGGUUCAUCUUUGAGAUCAUCAACAAUAACCAGAAACAAAGCAAAUUCAUUACGGGGCCCAACAAUCAGUUGAUCCAGCCAACGAUUGUCCAGCAGUUGCACAAUCACAUCUCCAGGUUUGACGCGAUUCUCGACGAGACAAUCUUCAAGUUCAACGACGCCAAAUGGUGCAUCGACACCAUGAUUGAAAACAAGCAGCGGCAGGAAGAGAUAAAGGUCAAGGAGGAGCUCGAGCGACAACGGCGCGAGGCGGAAGCCAAGCGUUUGCGGGAGGAAACCGAGGCCAAGAUGAAAGCAGAAGCAGAAGCUGCUGCAAAGGCCAAGCAGGAGGCGGAGGCUAGGGCAAAAGCUGAGGCUGAAGCCGAAGCUGAAGCAAAAGCACGUGCCGCGAGGGAGAUGGCCGAACUCGAACGACUAAAGCAGGAGGAAAUGGAAAAGAAGGCCAAGGAAGAGGAAGAAGAGAGGAAGAAACGCGAGGCAGCAUUACAACAAGAACAACAACUGGCGUCCCUACUGCAACUGCAUCUGCAACUACAACAACAACGAAAUCAGGAACAAUUACAACUGGAUCAAUUUAACAACUUUGAUGAUUUCAUUGGCUUCAACAUGGAUGAUCUUCAAGAUGGAAACCAAGCCGCCGAUCUGAAUGACUUUUUAUCCACCAUGAGCUAUGGAGACGACCUCAAUUUAGACUUGCCCUUGGACGAUAAUCGGAAAUUAUCCUCGCAGAUAUUUGAUGGCAUGGAUAUUGACAGUGACAAUACAAACUUUCAACAACAGCAGCAACCACCUCUGCAACAACAACAACAACAACAACAACAACAACAACAGCCACAGCAACAAUCACAACAAUCACAUCAACAACCGCAGCAGCAGCAAAAUAGUAAUGACUUAUCUAACGACCCUUCCAAGGGCCAAAAUGAUGACAUCUCGGGAAACAACGGUCCGCCAGUUUCAGAUAAUAAUUUUGGAGAAGAUCUUGAUUUGGACAUGAACAAUCUCUUAGGAAACGACGAGCUGAUACUCGAUGGACUCAACAUGAGUCUUUUGGAUGCUGGACUUGAAGGUGAUGAUGCAAAUAAUCUAAACAGUAAUCAAAUCGGGGAUGAAUUCGACGUUGACAAUUUCCUUAACCAAUUCAGCAACUGA